AAAUACACUGCAUUUAGCCUUUAAGAAUAUUCACACAAGUGGGUGAAGAAGGGAUUUACACUGGUUAGACUCUGUUUUUGCCUGUUGCUUUCAUCUCAUGCUCUGUGACUUAUCACUCGACCACCGUAUUUUGUUGGCUUCCCCAUAUUCAUGGAGCACACCAUCGUAUAAAUGGAUUUUGGUCUGUGGAAAAGCAAGCAAAUGAGCUGAGAUAGGCAUGGCUUUCCUUGCUUUACCAGUUCAGCGUAUGCAUUUAAUCCAGAUGGACUCUGUCCAACGUUGGAUGGAAGACUUGAAACUCAUGACUGACUGCGAAUGCAUGUGCAUUCUUCAGUCUAAACCAAUCAGCUUAGAAGAAGAUGCACAGAGUGAAUUUUCCCUUCCGAACGAACACAGUGCAUGUGACAACUUGCAGUUGCUGCUGAAAAGAGCUUGGAUUAUAAGUACGGAGCUGACAAGGAUUGUUCAAAAACUGGAGAAGAACAGAUGGCAGAGGGUUCACAGCAUGACCGUAAGAGUCAACUGCCAUGUCCGUUCAAUGAUCAGUGAAUACAAUACAUUCGCCAGGAAUUCUUGGGAAGAAAUGCAUCAGUAUGAAAAAAUACUUGUGGAAAAAUGUUCGGAACUUACAACGGUUACUGAAAGGUGCAUACAGAUUGAAGAUGAACAGAUAUUGAAGUCUAUGAAAACUUGUAUUAAUGAUGCCCUAACCACGGUUGCACAGUAUUUUGGCCAAUUGAUCGAACUAGCUUUAACCUAUGAAAUAAAGAACCUGGUGAGGGAAAUAGAUUCAUCGGAUAAUCUGUAUUCUGCGGAAUCAGCUACAAGCAACUUAUUCAGUCUUACCCAAGAAGGCUCACACUUGUGUCGCAUCAUUGCUAAGGAAGGAGGUAUUGUUGCCCUCUUUAAGAUCUGCCGUCAGGAUUGCUUCAGAUGCCUUUAUCCGCAGACACUCAGGACUCUGGCGUCCAUCUGCUGUGUGGAAGAAGGAAUCCAACAGCUGGAAAAGGUCGAUGGGAUAUUAUGCUUAGCAGACAUCCUUACAGAUAACACCCACUCCCAAGCUACCCAUGCAGAAGCAGCGGCGGUAAUAGCACAGAUCACAUCCCCUCAGCUCACCUUCACGCAACACCUCAGCAGCUUCCUUGAGAACAUGGAGGAAAUUGUCACAGCCCUUCUCAAACUGUGCCAAGAGGCCAUCUCUGGAGAGGUUUUCCUGCUAGCUUCAGCUGCACUUGCCAACAUUACAUUUUUUGAUACAAUGGCAUGUGAGAUGUUGCUCCAGCUGGACGCGACAAACAUCCUUAUAGCAGCUUGUUGUGACAAACAGAGAGUGGAUAGCCCCUAUUCCCGAGAUCAGGUUGUGACAAUCUUAGCAAACAUGUCCGUCCUGGACCAGUGUGCUUCAGAAAUAAUCCAAGGAAAUGGUGUCCAGGUUUUAAUGGAAAUGCUUUUUGAGAAGUCACCAUCUGGGAAAUCACCCGAAGUAGCUGCUUGCGAACGUGUUCAGCAAAAAGCUGCGGUGACGCUCGCCCGGCUGAGCCGUGAUCCUGAAGUGGCACACGCAGCCAUAAAGCUCAGCUGUAUUCCACGCCUCAUAGAGCUUUGCAGGUCUCCUACUGAAAGAAAUAACAGUGAUUCUGUUCUGGUGGCAUGUCUGGCUGCAUUACGGCGACUAGCUGUGAUGAGCCCUGAUGGCCUUCAGGAGUCAGAUUUCCAGCAGUUGGUAAAACCCAGGCUUGUGGAUUCCUUUUUGCUUUGUACCAAUAUGGAAGAGAGUUUUGUAUAAACAAAUAGAAAUAUGUCAAUUGAAGCCAUCAGCACUAUGCAGGAUUGUGUGGCUGAAAUGUUAUUUAAGGUUAAUUUAUUUUAAGACCAUAAA